CAAAGCCCAUAGCCCACUUAGUCCCACCAGGUUUUUGAGGCGCUUGACGCCCAACGCUAACGUUAUUCCGUACUCAAAAAUUUCUUUUUUUUACCAGCCGCCUUCUUAUUUCUUUUCUUCAUCUGUCCAAUUCAACUUUCUCGCGCUGCCAAGCUUAUUGCGAGUAAAACUCCCUCCCGACAGAAUUCUGCGGAAAAAGAUCCUUCAGGAUGGCAACCUACGAUGUUAGCCCGCACAAGUUUGUAACUCUAGUGUCGAGUGAUGGCUUCGAGUUCGUUGUGCUUCGCGAGGCAACCCUGAUCAGCCGUGCUAUAAAGGGCAUGCUGGAUCCGAAGAGCCAAUUCUCCGAGUCGCGAACUGGUCGAUGUGUCUUCGAAGAGAUCAACGGAAUAGUGCUCGAGAAGGUAGUUGAGUACUGCCACUACUGGUACAAGAACCGAGAGAGAGAAGACGUCCCGGACAUGGAGAUCCCCGUCGAACUCUGCCUCGAGCUUCUGAUGGCCGCAGAUUUCUUGGGAAUCGACAAGCCAACUUAAAGCUACUUUAUGACUACCUCCUACAUGAGAUGUGUCAACUUGGCCAAUGGUUAGGAUAGCAGUAGGUGAAUUUGGUGUUUGGGAUAGGACACCGGCGUUUAUCGGCGUUAUGAUACCACGGACACAACGAUUACGAUAAUUUUUUUUUCCUCGAAAAGUCCAAGUACAAGGUAGUAGUUUGGCGAAGAUCAAAUGGAACAGGGUUAUUGAUUUUUCUUUUCAACGUACUCUUUGCCAUGAUUCGAAUAAUUGGUAGGUCUAACGUAGAUAAGAAGCAAUCAGGAUGUGUUUUUUCCUCCUCCUCACUAUAACCCCAUCUAAGCAUAUGCGUUCAACUCUUAACUCUUCCGUGGGUUGAAUGUCUAUAACGGAUGGAAGAUUAAUAAUAAUCCCCCGUCACUCUGCGUGGCUUGUGUUUCUCUGUAGAGACCAUGCUUUUUAGGAGGGGAUACAUCUCUAUCAGAUCUAACCUAGUAGACUCUAUAAUAAA